AUGGACCUACAUAAGCAGUGGGAGAACACAGAGACUAACUGGCACAGGGAAAAGAUGGAAUUACUGGACCAGUUUGACAAUGAAAGGAAGGAAUGGGAAAGUCAAUGGAAGGUCAUGCAGAAGAAGAUAGAAGAGCUCUGCCACGAAGUAAAGCUUCGAAGGAAAAUCAACAUGAGUGAGCGUGCUAGGAUCCCUAAUUUCGAUCGUGAGAAGACCAUUCAGGAUAAAAUGGUGGAAUCUUUCCCAAAUGACCCCAGUUCAGGACAAUGUGAAUUGAUGGGGGUGAAUAACAGGGAUGGGCUGGGAAAAAAAGAUAAAAUGGAGCAGAGCUUACUCAGUGAAAGACAGCCCAUGUGUAAAGAACAAAAAGCAACCAAAAAAUCCAAAGUAGAGUUUAUAGAUGCUUUGGCCUCAGACAACCAAAAGGAAGGUGAGACCUGGCCGGACCUGAAGACUUCUGAAGAGAGUGAGAGCUGUUCUGGAGCCCUCCACACAGCUCUUGAAGAACUUGCUAAAGUUAGUGAAGAAUUAUGCAGCUUUCAAGAGGAAAUACAAAAGCGGUCUCACCACAAAAGGAUGAAGUCAGAUUCUUUUCUCCAGGAAGUCCCAAAUGUAAUUAAUAUGCCUCAUGGAGAUCACAUGAUCAACAGCACCCAAUGCAUUCCUUCAACCAAUUUUGAAAAAGAAAAACAAAAAAACAGAAAGAACCUGAGCUGUACUGAUGUUUUCCAAAACAAUUAUAAGAAAAAGGGUGGAAUUGAUAUAAUUGAUCUGCAGAGACAUGAAACUCCACCAGUUCCUCCUCCAAGAAGCACAUCUCGAAAUUUUCCCAGUUCAUAUUCUGAACAAGCCCAUGAAAGUUUGAAGGAGAGUUUAGACCAUAACAUCUGGGUGACCCAAGGUCAAAGUGAAAGGAACUGCACCCCUCGUUUCCUUUGGAGGCAGGAUGAGAUGCCUACACUGUGUCUAAAUGAAGGCAAGACUUUGAAAGAUGGCAUCAUGUUUUCUCCUUCCGCACCCAAAACAAAAAUAGAUAACACUGCUUCAUGCAGUGAAAAUGCUGAACUUAGGACGUGGUCGUGUGACAUUGGGAUAGGCGUAAAAAAUAGAUCCUCUACAUCGUGGUUUCAGAAAACCUGCUCUAGUCCCAGUAAGCCAAAAGAUGAAAAGGCAAUCCCAGAUCACCCUGUUAAAUCUCAUCCUGAUCCGCACAGACGCAAUGACAGUAGCUCCUCAGGGACUCAAAGCAGUGGCCCACUGAGAAAUUUUAGUUGUGGCUUUGAAAGGACUACUAGGAAUGAAAAGCUGGCAGCAAAGACUGAUGAAUUUAACAGAACCGUAUUCAGAACAGAUAGAAAUUGUCGUGCAGUACAGCAAAAUCAAAGCUACUCAGAAUCGCCUGAAGAUCUUCAGCCCCAUGAUUCCUUAAUAACAAGUAUAGGUAACGUGUCAGAAAGUGACAGUGUUUCUGACAUUCUGAAAACCAGUGCCCCCAUGCCUGUGCCCAAGGAAAACGUACCUGAUAAUUCCACCCAGAAGUCCGCAGCCAGCCUAUUUGGACAAAUGCAGGAACAUGGAAGCCCUAGCAGUUAUCGUAAGAGGCUCCAUGAGCAUGACUGGAGACCCAGCAAUUUGUCUGGCCGCCCAAGAUCAGCUGAUCCCAGGUCAAAUUAUGGUGUGGUGGAAAAGCUGCUGAAAACCUAUGAGACAUCCACAGGGUCUGCACUGCAAAAUUCUAAGUGCUUUCAGACUAAUUGGACCAAAUGUAAUUCUGAUGUCAGCUGUGGAGCCACAUUAAAUCAGCGUUUAGAAAAGCUCCAGAUAGAACAAGAGCUUCUGCACAAGACAGCUAUGUGUGGAGCACGGCAAGUGAAGCAAGUAAUAGACUGGAAAAAAGUAACAGAGGAACCGAUGGCAGUGAAAUCCUCACAUGGAAAAGGAUUUUCCCGACCUGCUAGACCAGCAAAUCGCCGUCUCCCAUCCAGAUGGGCAUCCAGAUCUCCAUCAGCACCCCCUGCCUUGCGGAGAACUGCUCAAAGCUUUACCAUUUCUUAGCGAUCAGAAGCAUCGAUGGUCUGAGCCUCUGGCCCGGCUUACUAGAUUUCAGAAGUCCCAUUUGCCAAAGAGAGAGUUCAGAGUGUUAUCAACCAGUCCAGUGUCUUCUGUAUCUUUCAAGAUUACUGGGACAAACAAUUUAAAUCUUAACCUCCCAUCAGUCUUCAGUGUUUUUAAUCUAUGAUAUAAUUAUCUUCCUUAUUUUGAUUUCUUAGAUCUGAAUUUUUUAAUGCCAUCCUCAUUAAUUUGAUUAUGAUUUAAGUUGGAACAAUGUACUAUAGUGUAUAUUCUAACUUUCUUGCAAGUGGCAGAAAGCAAGGUUAUGUGCAUGGCCAUGUGUUUGUAGGUGCAUGUGUUGAUAUAGGAAGUAUCUUAGUAUGUACUUAGAUAAGAACAACUUAUGUGCUAGUGUUGACUUUGAAAUUAUAACAUGUAUACCUAUAUAUUCUUUGUGUUUCUUUAAAAUUUUUAAAAAUAUACAGUAUUAUUUAUAUUUUGUAUACCUUUGAAUAGGUAUCCACUUAAGGCUUUUGAGGGAUCCCUGGCCCCAAGGACAUUUAAAAAUAAUUAUACAUGUAUCUAACAUUCGUAGAUUUCUACCUACAACUCACAGUUUCUUACCCCAUACAAGGAUAGUCUAAUACCAUUGAUCUCCUUGUCCACUCUUUUAAAUAAAUAAAAUUGUUCCAGGUUUAACAGGUCAGCCUUCUAAAGCCAAUAUGAAAUGUUCAAAAACCUUUUCUAUAUCAUUCAGCAGUCUAUCACAGCUUUAACUGGAUACUUGAUCCUCAGAGGAAGCAUCCUAAGACCACUUUAUAAACGACGUGACUAAAUAAUGAAUUUAUUUUGGCAAUUUCACUAACAACAUUCCUUAGGUGGGGAUAUGAAAAGAAAUUCAAUUAUGCUGAGUUCUACUUUUUGUUAAAAUUUUAGUAAGCUUUUUGAUCGUCUACUUUGUUUGGAGUCAUGCAGAUUAGGAGGUAAGUCAUUUACUUUCUCC